CUCCUCCCGCGAGUCGCUCUUUCGACCGUCCAUGGGGCAUGCUGACCGGCUUUUUAACCUACAGAAUCGUCACAGAGAGAGCCAGGCAUCAUGGAGAGCGUUGAGUCGAGGAUGUACCGCACCAAUUCGGAGAGUUCUCCGAAUAACACAGACUCGAUGGUAACAGUGCCGCUGUCGGACAUCCAGUCAGAUAUCCAAUCGAACCCCCAGACGCCCAAUGAGUGGAAAACGUUUGAUAUUCCCGAGGUACCUGUGGAGGAAAGCGGAGAACAAGAGGGCCCGGUGGGAGAUAACGCGGAGGGACAGACUACUCCUACCAUCGAUUGUAGCCCAACGACAGUGGAAGGCAGAGAACGCCGCGUAUCAGACUCCUCAGAACGGUCGCGCAACAGUCGUGGCAGCGAGGCAGACUCUCCACCGGACAGUGAAGGGGUCAAUUGGGAGGGAUUGGAGAAGACGGAGGAACUGGAGCCGCGCAAUGAGGGGACAGAUGAGUCUACGGCAUUGCUACUCGCGCGUCUGGAGCAAGAGAAUAAUGCUCUGGCGACAAAUCCCAAGUCUGGUCUGUCGAAAGCACGCUCUCGGGCAAAGUCCCGGCCUCCGUCCGUACAGCAGAUCAAGAAACUGGUCAAUGACCCCCGGUCGUCUGUCCGGUUCUCACAAUUGCCAACUCCCCAAAUGACGGAGCUGGAGUUCUGGGCUGCACUGGUGCAAGAUUACCCACAGACAGCUCAAAGAUUGCCUACUCUGACAUCGAACAAAAUCCGUAGCGGGGUGCCUCCUCCUCUGCGGGGCGUGGUCUGGCCCAGUAUUGCUGGCGCGAGGGAUAUGCAGCUUCAGGAAGAGUUCCAAAGACUAUGCGGAGAGACGAGUCCCUACGAAGGCCUGAUCGGAAAAGACAUUGGGCGUAGCUUUCCCAAUGUUGACAUGUUCCGGGACCCGGACGGUGAGGGCCAGCAGAUGUUGGCCCGGGUCCUCAAAUGCUUCAGUCUCUACGACACAAAAAUCGGUUAUUGCCAGGGUCUGGGGUUUGUGGUAGGUCCCUUGCUGAUGCAUAUGACGGAUGCAGAAGCUUUCUGCGUCCUAGUCAGACUCAUGGACCACUACGGCCUCCGCUCGUGUUUCCUGCCAGACCUCUCAGGGCUACAUCUCCGAAUAUACCAAUUCCAGAAUCUGCUCUGUCGCCAUCGACCUGCUCUGUUUGCGCACUUGGAAUCUCUACACAUCGAGCCUGUCUAUGUGUCGCAGUGGUUCCUUUCGUUUUUCGCUGUCACUUGCCCCUUGCCAAUGCUUCUUCGCAUCUACGACGUGCUCCUCCUGGAAGGUGCCUGUGAGACCUUGAUGCGGGUUGCACUGUCGUUGAUGCAAAGGAACGAAAAGAAGCUCAUGGCUUGCACGGAGUUUGAGGAUGUUAUGCAAAUCCUGCUAUCUAGGAGUCUCUGGGACACGUACGCUUGCCAUGCGGAUGAUUUGGUGAACGAUUUCGUCUCCUUGACUUCUCUUGUGUCGAAGGAGAGUCUACAAUCUCUGGAGACCAGCUACAAUCAAUCACAGGGCGUGCAGACUGGAAUCUCGUUCCCUCAGAUGCAGGCAGCUGCAUCUCGCUUCCUAGGCCGACUUUGGUCAGGUGGUUCCUCUACCAAAUCUCUGGCUCUCAAUCCCAGCACGUCCAGCCUGUCGCGCCCUGCAAGCUCUAUCCGGAGGUCCCCAUCGAAACAGAGCGUGGCAUCAACCCUCAACUCCUUCGAGUCUACAUCUGACGCAAGCACAGCACCUACAGAGAUGUCACAGGAUAGCCACAAGUCGAGGACGAAAUCCGCCAUAUCGCAGAACAAAGACAAGGAUCUUCAUGGUCAGAUUGAAGAUCUAUUAAUGGCCUUGAGUGACUUGCAGCGAGAACAGGCAGAGCUUGCACAGGAGCUUCAGCGCGAACGUGAGGAGCGUGAGGAAGACCAGGAGUUAGCGAAAUCGAUGCUCAGUUAUAUCAAAGGACUAGAGGGCGACAGCCAACCAGCAGACAUCGUUGCAAAGGCAGAAGAGCGGUUCCUUUGCACAGGUGCUAGACGAAUGUCUAUCGCGCAAACCAAACAUGAACUGCGUGACGAUGCCAAUCGAUGGAAGGAGAAGUAUGAGCUCGAAGCAGCACGAUGUAGCGAUCUGGGAAGACGCAUGGAUGAAUACGAACACGAGAAUACCAAGGUCAAGGAGGAGCUCAGGGAGACCAGAGCUCGAGUACAGGACGGGUACCGCGAGAAGCAGAGGCUAGAAAAGGUCAUCCUAGAACUGCGCAGCCGGAAAUCCUCCGAUAGCCCUGACCGGUCAAGCGCUGCACAAAGUGAGCCUGGAGACGUGGCCCAAUCGCGUGGCCUACGGGAGCUCAAGCUCGUCCGGAGUAACUCGCAGAAGACGACUACUACUUCCCAGAAAGGCACUUGGAGCAAGCGUUCGAGCAGCCUAGGCUUGCAAUCCGUCCUUUCCACGGAAAACAAUAAACCGGCUGGAGAUGAAACGCUACUCUUGGAACUUGUCAACGCAAAGACGGCAGAAGCCGUUGCCAAACAAGAAUUGGAGGAGGUGAAGGCGAAACUCGACUCGCUGCGAAAGAUGUUCAGCAAUCCCCAUCAUUCCGUCUCACGGGCGAGUACAGAAGACAGCAUUGUGCCCACAAUAGCCGUGGCUGCUGCCAAAGAACCAACCAAAACUACUUCGAGCGGUGGCUUCUUCAGCGGAUGGGGGCGACGGACCCCCUCUACAAGCAAUGCGACUUACACAGAGUCGAAGUGAUAUGACCCCUUUACCUUACCGUGGUAUAUGAUUACUAGAUCUUUUUUUUUUCUUCUGGGAGUUCGGAUGUUGCUUCUGGGACUUUCUUGGCGUACAUUUGCCUUCUCAUGCAAGGGACACUGUAUCCUUAUUGAUGC